AUGACUGCAAACUUUCUGCUAAGUACGGUGAUGAUUUGCUGCAUGCUGAAGCUACCUAUCUGCCAGCCAAAGAUAGUGGAAGAAUUAGAAAUUCUGAAAACCUAUCGACGUAAAGCUGUAUUUGUUGGAGCUGGGGAUUUGCUGUUGUGUUUUAUAACUCUUGUCAUGCAGCUGAUUGCUCCACUUGCUCAAGGUAUCCGAACAAGAAGUCUACCGUACAGUAUUUGGUUGCCUUAUAGCACGGAACCGAUUUUAAACUACAUAUUAACGUACAUUGUUUUGACUCUAAUGGCCAUAAUUGGCAUGCCAAUGACUGUUGCUUCGGACUGCACGAUCUCAGGUCUUAUGAUGGUCACCUGUAGUCAAUUAGAGAUCCUACAAUUCCGACUUGCCCGCUUAAAUACACGCUCAGAUGUUAAAGAGUGUGUGCAACACCACAACAUCAUAUCCAAAUUUGCGGGUGAGAUUGGCAAGAUAUUUGGUGCGGCUGUAUUCGUCCACUUUUUGCUGAGUAUGCUAAACAUAUGUUCUGUCAUAUACGUAGUAUCCAAGGCAGAAUCAAAAUCCGGAUUGAUUAUAUCAGCCCUCUUUCUUUUAUGCAUGCUGAUCCAGCUCUUAUUAUACUGUUGGAAUGGAAAUGAGGUUUUCUUGAGGAGUCAAGCCGUGACACAUACAGCAAUGGACAGUACCAGCUGGGUGAUUUUACCGCAGGAAAUGAAAAAGGCUUUCCUCCUAAUCAUGGCCAGAUCUCAGAAGCCUAUGCAUAUGAAAGCUGGUGGCAUCUUAGAUUUAUCUUUAAGCACAUACAUGAUGAUAUUGAAAACAUCGUACUCAGCCUUUAAUCUAUUACAACAGGUUUCAAACAAGUGAACAUUAGCCACAUAUCUGCAGAGCACAUAUUGUAUUGUAACUCAUUUUAUUGAGUCAAUCAAAC